UCGCGGGGUGUGAGCCGGGGCAGCGCCCGGGGGCCGCUGCGGGGGGGAGCUGGGAGCAGCCCCGGAGCCGCGGAGCUGGGAGCGGGAGGAAGAGGAGGGAGAGAAGCGAGGGAGAGGCCUGGGGCAGGCAGCCCCCGGGGUCGGGCCGCGCCUGCCGGCCCAGCCACUUAAAUGCAACCCCUGGGGCAUCGGCUUCCCGCUGAUGAGACCGCUGCAGGGCUCUCGAGGCCGGAGCGUCGUCGUGGGGACCGUCACCCUCUGCCUGGCAGCCGGCUGGGCUCUGCAGACUUCCAGUGGAGUAUCCUUAGUUGUCCCACAACCCAACAUCAAUGCAACAGUGGCACAAAACAUCCUCCUCUCAGUUGAAUACUCUUGCCAAGGCGUGGCCACCAUUGAGUGGAAGCACAUGUCAAGCUGGGGCACCACCAGCAUUGUUGAGUGGAGAAGUGGGAAUUAUGUCAACAUAUCCACGGUCUACAAGGACAGAGUGACUACAUUUGAAAAUGGCUCUAUACAGCUUCGGAAUGUGGGCAUGAGAGAUGCUGGCUACUAUUUUGUUACUGUAAUGGAGGAGCAUGGAACCAAUGCCUACGGCACCAUCAUAGUCAAUGUUUACGAGAUUAUCUAUGAAGAUUUGCAUUUUGUAGCAGUUCUCUUCACAUUUCUCGCUGCAGUAUCUGCCAUUCUAAUCUGCUUCAUGUGGCUGUGUAAUAAAUCUCUGCAUCUAUUUCAGAAGAAGACAACACACAAACUUACAGCAAGUACAACAGAAGAGAUUGAACUGGAAACCAUUGAGUGUUAGCCAAGGACUGUAUCAUAAUAAAAAUAACAGUUCUACCUCAGGAGAAAGUAUUGGCCAAGAAAACAAGAACAAACCUAGAAGGUAAAAUAUUUUUGACUACUGCAGAAACAUCCUGACUUGCAAAGUAAUUAAAUCAGCAGUGUCUGAUGGAGCUGUUUCAACUUGUUACGUUUUUGGUUCUGCUAGUCAAGGUCAGAGUAAAAAAGAGUAGGCUUUCAUGCUGAGCAUGAACACAUUUUUGUGGCUAGCUAAUAAAAUCUAGAGCCUCUACCACUCUUAAAAACAACCAACCAACCAACCAACCAAGCCUCUAAGAUCAGCCCAUAAAGGAAAUUAUCAUGGUCUUGUAGGACACCUGCAUUUUGGAUACAGCAAGUCUCCUAUUACAGACAGAGUGGUCAUUAGCAUCCAUCAACAUAAUAAAUUAAAUAUCUAAUUACAGUAUUAUAUUAAGAAAUUAAUUGCAAGCAUUGAAUCUUCUUUAUUGCACCUAUGCUGCUACUUUUGGGUGUAAGGAACUUCCUGAAGUUCUGAAGACAAACUGCAAUUUUUCAUGAGACAAAACUGACUUUGAAAGAACACUGAGCUGGUCAAAGUUCUCCCGCUUGUGUUUCCCGCAGUUGUUUACACUGCCCCAGGAUGGAUGUUAACACGCAUUUUAUGACAUUACUAGAGCAGGUGGUUGUACAAGGAACAGUGCAAGCAGGCACUAAAGAGGACACUGUCUAUGAAAGAUUAGAGGGGUCAGAUAUAACAGUGACACACAACACCAGUUGGGAUGGCAAAAUACUAAACAGUUCUAUUGUAAAAGAUGUCAAGUCCUUUGCAAGCUUAGCCCAGUGCUGAACAAUCUGAGAAAAAAAGUUAUAACAGCAUUUCUUUGAAAUAUAGUAUUCGUAAAUACAGUUCUAAAAUUGCUCUUGUUGAGAAGCCACCUUUGCUUUCCCUAUGUUGUAAGAAAAUAUAAAGUGACCCAACUAAUGCUUUUUUGAAUCUGCAUAUUGCACGUAUUGCAAUUCUCCACCUCUAGAUCUGUUGGGUGGAAUAAUAUUUGUGUUUGUCAGUGAGAAAGCAGUAAACUGACCGAGUUGCAAAUUAUUCUGUUUUGCUUUUGUAAUGAGAAUUUUGCAGUGUGAAAUAAACUUUGAACUUGGAAGACAUCAUGGACUAGUCUACGCCUGUAGAUUGCCACGUUGCUGUUUGAGUCAAACUGCUACUACUGCCUUUCUCACACUUUGUCUCACUUUUUUGCAAAAACCUUUUAGAGGACAGGCUGACAGAGCUUUGCCUCUGGUCAGGGACUGGAUGCUCAAGUGCAGAGCAUCUUCUAUGGGCUCCAUUUGGAAAAACAGUUCAGGGAAUUUCUCACCAAGUGAAUAACAAUGCAGGUAGGUGCCAAACAAGCCAAAGCACCAUGUGCACAAUACCUUUAAGCCAUCCCAUACUAAGCUAGUAGUUUGUAAUACAAAGGGCCUCUCUCUCACUCAAACUGAGGUACCAGAUUCAGCUGUCUGCGCCUUCCUACAUCUAGAAGAGGUCAAAAAAGGUGAGAAAUGAGGUAAGUAUCAGAUCCAGCAAACAAGUAACAGUUUAUUGCAAUUCUCUGCUUUAAAAGUAUAUUGUGCAUUUUUGUGUCUUCGAGUUAACUAAGCUUUGACAACAGGGAAACUGUAAGUGCAUCUAUUUCAAUCACCAAAUUUGAAUUACUUAGUAAAGUAUGCUUAUGGAAUAUGGAAAACAUUGUUAGUGGUUCUUUUUGAGCCCUAAAUCUUAGACUUUGAAUGAAUCUUAGACUUUUAAGGCAAAAAGUAUUAAAGCACUUUGAAUGUGAAGCUAGGUAUUAGGCUGAGCUGAAUAUACAGCAGGUGCUCUGCCAGACUUAGGAAUUAUAAAAAGUGCAGCUUACACAUAAAACCACUAAUAUCUGCUAACACUGACCUGAACACUGCAAUUGCCAGAGGAAGUCAGGAAACAUAUCCAGACAUGAAUGACCAUUCCAUACAAUCCUGUGACUGCAGAGGUCACACACACAUUUAAACCACAAUGUUUGAAAGCUGGCAAGAAGAUAGGAAAUGAACACUUAAAAUUCUUCAGCUUAAAAUUUACUACAACAAAAGAAAUUUACAACUAGCAGAGUUUUUCUACCUCUUUCAGCUUGGCUGAAGUCAAUGCAACUUCAGGCACCCAUCCUUGGCUAUUAAACCUGGUGCCAACCUCACUUUUAGGCAGUAAUAUCCCAUAUGAAUAGCAGGGACUCAAACAGUAUUCAGAGAGAACAUCCAGUACAGUUAACCUAUAUAUAGCUUUCUUUAUAGACAAUUCUUCAUCCAAAAAUUUUACCCACAAUUUAACAUGCUUACUCUACACAGGUAAUGUUACUUAAAAAAUACAUUUUCCCGAAAAUGCUGUCUGUCACUAUGCAUUAUUAAGGUAAAUAUUUGAGGUACAGAAUGGGAGGCUAAACUGUAGCAGUUUCUUGUAGGGGGAUACAAUAUAAGAAAUUAAAGGUAGUAUAGAAAGCAAUCUUACUCCUAAGGAGUUGCAGCUGAGCCAAUUAUUAAAGAUUAGGAACAGGCCUGACUCUAACAGGCUGCAGUCGUAGCCAGUAAGAGGAAGAGUGUUAUAAAAAAGUGGCUUGGUUGGUUAAGGGGGAACUGGAGUCAGUGGGCUACUGUGAGAAGAAGGAAGAGUUGGUGCUUAGAGGAGCUGCCUAUGCGAAAAAUCAAGGAGGUACAAAACUCUAGCAAUGUGGAAUCUUUGUGAUAUAAUGACAAUAGAACUGUUGCAAUGUAUUAAUGACUUUCUUACUCUAGAGCAUCUAAAGUCUUAUGGAAAGUUGUUACAGUAGAAAUUCAGAAACUAACAGCUGUUGUUACUGUGCUUGUAAACUCCCUGCAGAACAGCAGCAAAUUUAAUAUUUAGAGCAUUCCAGAUGAUUAAAGGGAUUAAGAUAUUUUACUUUUAAACUUGAAUUAAAGAGAUAUCCAAGUUCACCAGACUGCUUUGGCAAUCAAUUGAAAAGGUCUUAAUAAUUCACUAACGUCAUCAUUUCAUAUUCAAAGAUGCACUACCAAGUUUCAAGACUGUCUCUCUGUUAGAUGUCUAAUCAGUCUGUUUUCCAAUAAAAUUAGGAAUCCCUGUGUAUUCAACACCAAAACACUGGCUCUCCAGAUCUCUCACAACUCUUUUUUUGAUGUUAAUAUUAUUAUUAUUCUUUUUUCAGCUAGACCUAGAAGUCUUGACAAGUGUUUUCAUGCAAACAUGCAGAGCUUGCUGUUCUGCAACACAGGAGAAGUCCUGCAACCGUGAGAUUGUAAUAGCUCCACAGUAAUCUGAUUAUUGGUAACUAAGAACUUGAUGAAAAGGCUAUUGCUACAUGCAGACCUGUCAAUUUAGGUUAAGAACAAUAAAGCAUAAAGACAUGUCCAAGUUUCACAGACUCAUCUUCUAAUUAUUAAAAAGAGAUUUGUCGUGUUAGCAGGAGUCAGAACAGCCUCAUCUAGUCAGAUGCACGAACACAUGCAUCAGGCUGUUGGCUGAACUGUUCACCAAGGAACAACCUUCCCUCUGCCUGUAAUCACACAGUGUCUGCUGGCACAGCAAUACGGCACCUAGCAUGAUGGGGGUUAUAUGAGGCUCAGCCCUGUUGCAAGUUCAAGAGACUUAUUUUCAACUAAGGCUUUUAAUUUUCAUCAGCUGUCUUGGGUAACAUGAGCACCUGAAAGGAAAACCCAUUCUCUCUCUUAGUUCAGGCACACAGAAGCAAGUACUUACAGGAACUGAAACAAGAUGCUCCAUGCUGGCCAACACCAAUAUAAGUACAAGAACUGCUUUGGAUACUGAGCAGCAGCUUGCUGCUUAUUUUCCUACAAUUAUUCUUUAUACUUGAGAAUACAACAAAAUAACAACUGUCACCGUGGAAGUGUGAUGCUAAAUUUGAUCGUGUUUAUGUGCAAGAAGUUCAUAUAUAUAUAUAUAUACAUAUAGACAGACAC